AUGGUUACGACAAACGAGUCACGACACCUGCAUGGGCUCGUGGAUAUGGGCAGUAAUGGCAUUCGCUUCUCCAUCACGGACCUGACGCCCGAGACGCAGCGAACCCUGCCCACCGUGUUCCUGGACCGUGCGGCUAUAUCGCUAUACGAUGCCCAGUACCAAAGCGGAAAAGCCGUCCCGAUUCCAGAUGCGACGAUCCGCCAGGUCAUCAAGUCGCUGCUGCGCUUCCAGGCAGCGUGUGACGAUUUUGGCGUACCGGAGCACCAGGUCCGCAUCGUGGCUACGGAAGCGACUCGAAAGGCGCUCAACUCUGCGGACUUCCGGUCUGCCAUCAAAGAGGCUACCGGAUGGGAGGUCGAGCUCUUGUCAAAGGAGAUGGAGGGCCGAAUCGGUGCAUUUGGCGUGGCAAGCUCCUAUCACAAAGUCACGGGGCUGAUGAUGGAUCUCGGCGGAGGAUCCACGCAAAUUAAUUGGAUUCUGAGUUCAACGCACCACGAUCGGAUUGAGAUGAGUGACCGGGGAAGUGCCAGCCUACCGUACGGAGCUGCGGCACUCACAAAGAGGCUUCAAGAAGCGGGACCCCCUGACAGCACGACAUUCAAGACGUUUGAAAGCGAAGUUGUUGGGGAUCUGAAAGCGGCAGUCGAGGAUAUCCGGAUCCCUCAACAUGUGCUUGAUCGAUCCAAGUCGGCCGAAGGCCUUUCUCUUUACCUAUCGGGCGGUGGAUUUCGGGGCUGGGGCUUUGUGCUCAUGUCUCAGCAUCCCGUGCAGCCGUAUCCCAUACCAAUCAUCAACGGCUUCCGGACUACCAGUGACGUCUUCCACGACACGCAAGCUGUGCAGGCAGCUGUGCAGCAGCAAGACACGCCUGAAAUCUUUCGAGUAUCGGCACGCAGAGCUAGCCAAGUGCCUGCUGUGGCCUUUCUGGUCCAGUGCUUGUCCAAGGCACUCCCGAGCAUCAAGGAUGUGUACUUUUGCCAGGGCGGAGUGCGCGAGGGGGUGUAUUUUGCAGAGAUGAACCAGUCAUGCUGGUCUGACGCGCCUAUAGUAAAUGCAACAAGAGCAUAUGCAUCCAGUUCGAGUUCGGAAUUGCUAGGGUUGCUGAAUGAAGCAGCAGUGCCUCCGCCAUGGGCAUCUCACAGGGAAGUGUUCAGCAACAGCAUGAUGAGAGCAUUUGUGUAUACCAUGUUUGCACACCGGGCUCAAGUCAAGGACCUUCGCGGCGGGUCUGCGCUGAGAAGCACCACAACGGGCGUCUUUUCUGCAGUCCACGGCCUCAGUCACGAAGAGCGGGCCACUCUCGCCAUUCUGCUCUGUGAGCGCUAUGGAGGCUACAAUACGAUCAGUCCUACGGAACAGGACUUUUACCAGCGAAUGCUCCAGCUGGUGCCAGCGGAGCUGCGGUGGUGGUGCAUGUAUCUGGGCCGUGUUGCUGGGGUGCUCACGAGCGUGUAUCCAGCGGGCAGUGUUCGGCAGAGCAGGGUCCAGGUGAAGGUGCAGUGGGCGACUACGAAGAAGGAGAAUGAGAAGCUGUGCAUUGAUUUCAAGUUCAGCCAGGAGCCGGACGAGCUGGACGAGGGGCUUCACGCAGCACUGCAAAAGGUGGAGAAGGUGGGCAAGAAGAAGAACUGGGUCGGGGGACACGGCUACAAGGUGCUUGUGACGGUGAAUGGCGAGGCAUACGGCUCCGAGUGA